ACGUCCCCGCCGCCGAUGGCCGCCCCGCGGCCCGGUGCACCGCCCGACGCCGGGCGGGCGGCAGAACCUGCGGGUGCCGGCUCUCGCUGCGCGUUGCGCUCCCCGAGGCCGCUCCCCCGGGCUCCGAGAGGGGAGCAGCCGCCGCCUCCCCCCGACAGGAGAAAAAAGACAGACGGCAAGACUUUGGAAAUCCCUUCAAUUCCAAAUCCUUUUCCUGAGCUGUGCUGUUCUCCAUUUGCAUCAGUUUUGUCAGCAAGUCUGUUGCCCAAGGCAACUUCAAGAACUAAACAGGUAAUUAAAGUGUACAGUGAAGAUGACAGUAGCAAAGCUUUGGAAAUCCCAAGUGAUAUUACAGCCAGGGACGUAUGUCAGCUGUUGAUAUUGAAGAACCACUAUAUUGAUGACCACAACUGGACACUGUUUGAAGAACUUACUCAUACAGGUUUAGGAAGAGCUAUAGAAGACCAUGAGGUAGUGAUGGAAGUCCAGUCAAACUGGGGAAUGGAAGAGGAAAACAAAUUUUAUUUUAGGAAAAAUUAUGUCAAAUAUGAAUUUUUUAAAAAUCCGGUGAGCUUUUUUCCUGAUCAUAUGAUAUCUUUUUCAAGUGAGACCAAUGCAGCUGUUAAACACUCUGGGAUAUUACAGAUGUUCCUAAGCUCCAGCACAUAUCCUGAGAUUCAUGGUUAUUUACAUGCAAAAGAGCAGGGAAAAAAAUCAUGGAAAAAAUUAUACUUUGUUUUGAGAAGAUCUGGCCUUUACUUUUCCACUAAAGGUACAUCUAAGGAGCCAAGGCAUCUGCAGUUUUUCUGUGAAUUCAGCAAUAGUGAUAUAUACAUGUCUUUGACAGGCAAAAAGAUUUCUGGAGCACCAACAAGCUAUGGAUUCUGCUUUAAGCCUAACAAAUCAGGAGGAACCAGAGACCUGAAACAGCUCUGUGCAGAUGAUGAACAAAGUAGGACCUGUUGGAUGACAGCAAUAAGGUUGUUUAAGUAUGGGAUGCAGCUGUAUCAGAAUUACAUGCAACCAUAUCAAGGUAGAAGUGGCUGCAGCCCUUUGAGUAUAACACCUAUGAGGAGCAUUUCAGAAAAUUCUUUAGUUGCAAUGGAUUUCUCAGGACACAGAAGCAGAAUUAUAGAAAACCCAACAGAAGCCCUUUCCGUUGCAGUUGAAGAAGGAUUAGCCUGGAGGAGGAGAGGCUGUCUGCGACUCAACUCACAUGGUAGUCCGAUUGCCAUGUCCAACAUGGCUAUUCACAGAUCUCAGUCAUGGUUUCAUCAUAAAAUCUCUAGAGAUGAAGCUCAGAGACUUAUUUUACAGCAUGGGCUUGUAGAUGGGGUGUUCUUGGUACGUGAUAGUCAAAGUAACCCCAAAACAUUUGUGCUGUCAUUGAGUCAUGGAUUAAAGAUAAAGCAUUUUCAAAUUGUACCAUUGGAAGAUGAUGGGAAGCUGUUCUAUACCCUUGAUGAUGGUCAUACCAGGUUUACAGAUCUCAUCCAGCUAGUGGAAUUCUACCAACUUAAUAAAGGAGUACUACCUUGCAAGUUAAAACACUAUUGUGCACGAAUUCCUCUUUAACCAAAGCAUCUGUUGCUUCAUCAAAGAAAAAGGGAAGAUACCAGAAUACUUUUUCUCCUCAAGGCAAUUUGUGUAAUAAGAAGAGUAAAAAGUGUUACAUUAUAAAGAUUCUGAAUUUUAACUACCAAAAAAUACAAAGUACAUUCAAUAUAGAUAAGAACUUUGUGAUUGUCAAAGCAAAAUAACUCUGUGGUUUUAAAAUAGAUAUAUUAUUUACUAUGUAAUUCUUUAGUGUUGUCUUGGACUUUUUUUUCUUUUUUCCCAAUGUAAAAGUACCUUCUACAGAAAUACAACUGAAUAGAAGUUCUUUGCUCUUAGGCUUUUGGGUUUGUUCGUUUUUGUUCUUUUUUUUUUCUUUUUUUUUUCUUUUCUUUUCUUUCUUUCUUUCUUUCUUUUUUUCUUUUUUUUUUUGUCAUUUCAAAUGGUUCUUAUAGUUUCUAUUCAUUGCAUAGAAAAACAAAAUUUACUGUGGUAAGGAUAAGCUGAACUGCACAUUUUACUUGUAAAUAAAAUGAAUAAAUAUUUUGCAUUAUAUUUUUGAAUGCUACUUUGAGGAUCGUCAUUCAAAAAGCAAAAAAUCAUUAAAAGUACUUAUAACUGGUUGGCUGUAUUCAAUUGUGCGAUUAUGUAAAAUUUUUGUCCAACCCAAUGAUUAGAUUGGCACCUUUAUACAGAGAUGGAGCUUUGUUUCCUUGGUUGUGAUAUGUAUAAAUGUGUGUAAAGAGGUAUAGAAUCAAAGAAUCACAGAUUCUAUAUAUACCUAUAUACCUGUAUAUAAGUAUACCUACAGUCUCUAACACAGAUACCCCCUGCUAAGUGCUGUGGCUUGUUUUAGAGCUGAGAAGGGAAUCAACUUCAUUGGCCCUUAAAAUGAACAAAUAAAGGUGAAUACAGUGAUUUUUUUCUUUUUGCUGAAAAGCUGUCAAGACUGUAUUUGCAGUUGGCUCUUUGCUUACUUUAUUAUUUAUCACAAGAUUACACAUUUCAACAUAGCUACAAGUCAACCAAUCUUGCCAGGUGUUCCACUUAUAAAGAUCUGUUUAGGUAAAGUGAAAUUUUGAACCAUGGCAGUAGAAAUAUUUUUGGUAUCAGUAUUUUGAAAAAGAUACAGUACUUCUGGAUCCUUGUGCAAAGGCUUAAGUGGAACGAAGCUUGAAUUGAAAGAUGUUUUCCUGUCCUGAUACUUUGUUAUUCUAUAGGUUUGGUUUCAUUAUGAGGAUCCGAAGAUGAGGAUCCCUAGAGUAAAGCCUGUAGUGGAAGGUAGUGCUUAGAGAUGGCCAAUCAUGAUGAAUCCUGGCCCUGUGUCCGUUCCUGCUUUUGUUCUCUUAUCAUCAGGCACACCAAGUAUUCUGCUACAGGAGUUAGAGGGGAGUGGAAGUGAAGGAGGCCUGGCCAAGGGACAAAGCAGAUGGACCCAAGAUACAGUAGUGUCAGUGCACAUCAGCUGGCAGGGUUGUGUAAAUGGGUGCAUUAGAAUAUGGUAGCUACAGUUUAUGGUUUAGUUACUGUGUGCCUGUGGAAGGCGAUCAUAAUAACAUAAUGCUGUGAUACUUAAUUUACUGACUUGAUCCACACAUCACUGACCUUUUCCUCUGGCAUGCAAAUAGAGUUUUUAAAGCUCAUUAAAAAAGCAACUCUUCAUAAUGUGUACCAAAGAUGCAACAUAUGUGGUGUCUGAGCUCAUUACAUUAGAAAUGCCUUGUAAAACUCUUCACAGACUAAUAAAUUUAACUCUUAAACCUUGAAUAUAAUUUCAAAUUGUAAUUACAAAAAUGUAGUUUUAAUUAAAACCUUUUCAGACUUAUUUUAGCAAUGGGAUUUCUUCUGAGGCCUUGUAUUCUUUCAGAAAUUGGCAUAGAAUAAAGAAAAUUGUUGCAUUCCCAUUUUUCUGAUUGUCUGACAAAUGAAAUGAGUUGUUUUCUCUAGUCUACCUGGACAUGCGAAAGCUUUGCCAUCAGUUCCAUUUGUAUUUAUAUAUUUGCCAGUACAGCUGGUAGAGAAACUAACCACUCAGUAAGUAUGUAUCUUUUCACCUUUAGAAAGGUGACUGUGAGGACUAUUGAGAGAUAUCAACCAUCAAGAAUCCUUGCCUGCUUUCUUCUGUUUGCACGAGUGGAAAAAAAAAAACAAACAAGACAAGUCAACAAAUAAAUGCAGUGUUGCUUAAUGAGCAUGGGUUUUGGACAUUUGAAAGAGUUUUUAGCUGGCAAAUAUUCAAAGCACUCUUACCUGUAAAAUGUUGCCUCCUGCAUUCUGACAGGUCUUUUAAUUAAAAUCUAAACUGAAAUCUUGCUAAGAAUACUAAACCUUUUUAAAAAAAAAAUAAUAAAAAAAUAUCUGCAUA